AUGGAACUUAUGCAGCUGAAGCAGGGUAACACAACUGUUGCAGAAUAUGCCCGUAAGUUUGAUGACUUGUGCCGUUUCUCUAAGAUCUGCCAAGGGAAUCCUGCUGACUUUGAAGAAUGGAAGUGUUUGAAGUUCGAAGGGGGCCUUCGUGAGGAUUUGAUGAGUUCAGUAGUUCCAUUGGAGAUACGAAAUUUUGCUGAGCUGGUUAAUAAGUGUAAGUUAGUGGAAGAACGUGCUAAGAAGCGAAGGAAUCCACAAGCUGGUAAUGUUCCUACUCGCUCUGUGGGUGGAAACGGAGGUAAACCGAGGCAAGAUAAUGGCAAACGACCUCAACAGGUGCAGGUGAACACUACAUGCAAGCGAUGUGGGAAGGAUCAUGGUAUUAAGCCGUGUUUGUUUGGAACAUUCAAUUGUUAUAGAUGUGGAGGAACUGGACAUAUUGCUAAGGAAUGCCCAAAGAUAUUCGCUCGGAAUCCAGUACGAACCCAGCAACAAGGUCGAGUGUUUGCCAUGACUGCUGAUGAUGCUAUGCAAUCAGACGCCCUGAUCCAAGGUCAGUAUUACGUCAAGAAUCGAUUUCUAACUGUACUGUAUGAUUCGGGUGCAUCACAUUCUUUUAUUUCUUUAACUGUUGCUCGUGAGUUGGGACUAGAUUUCUCUGAGUUGAACUUUGAUCUAAUUGUCCAUACACCUGCGUCCCAAAAUGCUUUGACUAGUUUAGUGUGCCUGCAAGCCUUGCUUCACUUAGUUAUCCCCUGA